UGCUACAUCGCAAACAAGAUCGACCAGGAGAGCGGGAGGAUGGAGGAGCAGACAGCAGCUGCACACUGAACAUAAGAUGUUCUAGCAUCAGUAAGGUCUUGUCGUUUUUGGCCACUUUUGGUGAUCAGAUAGAAAGAUGGCGCCGUCAGGUUCGCGCAGCAUUGACUGCUGGAGAGUUUUAUACUGGAUCCCAAUGCUGUUCAUCUGUCUGAUCGUGGCAUGGUCUUACUACGCGUAUGUAGUGCAGCUCUGCAUAGAAACUGUAGAGAACAUGGGAGAGAAGAUAGUUUACCUCCUGCUGUAUCAUGGGCUUUUCAUCAUGUUUGUGUGGUCAUACUGGCAAACCAUUUUCACAAAACCGAUGAACCCGCUGAAAGAGUUCCACCUGUCACAUCCCGACAAAGAACUAUUAGAGCGUGAAGAUCGCAGAGAAUCUCAGCAGGAGAUCCUGAGGAGACUCGCUAAGGAUUUGCCCAUUUACACAUUCACAAUGUCUGGAGCUGUCCGCUACUGUGAUCACUGCCAUCUGCUGAAGCCUGAUCGAUGUCAUCAUUGCUCAGCCUGUAAUAAGUGCAUUUUAAAGAUGGAUCACCAUUGUCCGUGGGUGAACAAUUGUGUUGGCUUCUCCAACUACAAGUUUUUCAUGCUGUUUUUAGCAUAUUCUCUGCUGUAUUGCCUCUUCGUCACUGCCACUGACUUGCAGUAUUUCAUUCAGUUCUGGACUGUUGAUGGUAAAACACAUGAACGUCUUAUGGAAUAUUUGAACGGCCUGCCUGACACUCAAGCCAAGUUCCACAUUAUGUUUUUAUUUUUCGCUGCCUCCACGUUCUCAGUGAGCCUGGCGUUUUUGUUUGCCUAUCACUGCUGGCUUGUCUGCAAGAACCGCUCCACCUUGGAGGCCUUUCGAGCACCUGCAUUCCAACAUGGACCAGACAAGAAUGGUUUCAGUUUAGGAAUCAAUAAGAACUUUCAGCAAGUGUUUGGAGAUGAAAAGAAAUACUGGCCGCUACCUGUUUUUUCAAGUAUUGGCGAUGGCUGUUCAUUCCCCACGUGUCUGGUGAACCCAGACCCCGAGCAACCCUCUUUAUCCCCUGUACACAACUCUUCAAUCAAAAGUGCUGAAGAAUCUCAUCCGUUUCCUACAAAAACUUUGAGAGAGUCUCAGAACCAACUGCUCAGUAACGGACAGUCAGAGGACAGAGUCAAGCGAGGUACAAGCAAUCCAGCCUUGACUAUUGAGAAGGAAACUUAAGUACACGCGAAUGCUGACCAGUUUAAUGAACAGGAGUUAUGUGCUAGUGAUGUCUGUUGUCAGUGGAACGGUGAAGAUUCUUACCUUACGUGUAAGCUGCUCCUGCACAGACCACUGCCUAUUCACUCUGUACCUAAUGAACUGUGAGCUUUCACAAGAGCUACCGGUGCAGGGUUAUGCUGUGUAUAUACAUAUAUGAAGGGUCACUGAGUCGGUUUGGUCAAGAUAUUUUCAACGUGCCUAAACGUACCGGCAGCAGUGGCUGAACAUUCAAGAAAUUGAUGUACCAGCAAGACCCACUUGUUAAACGUUUGCAUACAUGUCUUGGUGUAGGCGGUGCUAAAGAUGGUGGCAUUUUUGUUAGUCUGGGAAACCUGAACAUUUAUGCAUGCUACAGUAUGUGAUAGUAGUUUUUUUAACGUUUGACAUGUAAAAACUGAAAAGCCCAAGAGCUUACGCACUGCACUACAACAGUUUAAAUUGUUUUUUGUCCUUGCAUUAUUGAAAUGCAGGUGUGUCUGAUGAAUGUAUGUAUUUUUUAUUUACUACAUAUUAACAUACAUUUUUAUGUCAUGACAGUCUGUUUUGUACAAGCAGUUUCACUUCUGAGGAUCGUGUGUUGAUCUCAGUUUUGCAAAACACAACGACACAAUAACUGUUGUAGAUGCUUAUUUGAAAUUUAAGGUCAACAUUUUAUCAGUAUGUGUAUUCCUUGGGACUCAAACCCUUAACCCUUUGUGUUGUAAAUGCCAUGCUGUACCAACUGAGCUUCAAGAACGUUACACCGGACAGUCAAAGGAUAUUCAGACAAAAACUAUUCAAGUUUUACCUGAUAGCACAGGGAAGAAAAACAAUCGGCACUUUGAACAACGCUGUACAUUAUUUUACAUUUUUGCUAUCGAAAGAAGUAUGCUAUGUUCAUAUACAUUAUUAUACUGCAGUAGCAAAGUGAACAAUUUGUCAUUAAAUGUCAGUAUAUCAGAUUAUUCUUUCAGCGUUUUAUGCAUAACCAUGUUUGCACAAGAAAUGCAAAACUCAAAGAUGUGUUUUUUACUGAUCACAUCUGAUUUAUCCAAGGGCUCUAUUAACAAAUUUAAUACCGUAAUGAAUAUUUCUGCUUUAUAUCUGAUUCCUGAGAUUGCAUGUAAUUGUACUUGAAUGUACCAGCUAGUGUGAUCUUCAUAUUGACUUGAGGUGUGAACUAAACCUCAAAAAUGCCAAAAGUUGUGCUGUGUUGUUGUCCGUUUCGUAGUUUGUAUGGAAACGUGUCAUUUGGGAUUUGUAAUUUUGUUAACAUACCACAAACUGUGAUACAAGAUUUCUGGCCUCUUAUUUUGUGCAUCUAGACCAGCCGAUUGUAGUUUGUAGAAAAUGUGUUUGUUGUCUUUUAUGAGUACAUUAAAUUCAGCUGGAUGUGUUUGCGUUAGUAGCUUCAUGUAGCUAUCUGCGUAGUCUUAUCUGUACGAUUAGGUCAUUGAAUGAUAUGCUUGGAUGAAUUGUAUUAAUCUGUGAGAAAUAAACUGAUAUUUUAUUAAAUGCUA